AAAACACUAGUAUCUCUAUAGGUAGGUACACCUAACCCUGAAUCCUUAACCAUAACCAGAGGGAGAAAGAGAUCAAAGAAGAAUGAGAUUUUGAGAGAGAAUCUUACUCGAAUAAGGAAAUGGCGAGCUCAGCAGUAGCUUUGGAAGAUGUACACUCGCUGGACAUCAUGACCGAACUCCUCCGACGCAUGAAGUGCUCCUCCAAGCCUGAUAAGCGCCUCAUUCUCGUUGGUCCACCUGGAUCGGGAAAAGGGACACAGUCACCCAUCAUUAAGGAUGAGUAUUGUUUGUGCCACUUGGCCACUGGUGAUAUGCUGAGAGCUGCUGUUGCUUCUAAAACUCCACUUGGCAUUAAGGCUAAGGAAGCCAUGGAAAAGGCAAAACUUGUUUCUGAUGAUUUGGUGGUUGGGAUAAUUGAUGAAGCAAUGAAGAAACCAUCAUGCCAAAAAGGUUUCAUUCUUGAUGGAUUUCCAAGGACCGUUGUUCAGGCAGAGAAGCUUGAUGAAAUGCUUCUGAAGCAAGGAGCAAAAAUUGAUAAGGUGCUUAACUUUGCAGUUGAUGAUGCCAUCUUGGAGGAGAGGAUUACAGGUCGUUGGAUUCAUCCUUCUAGCGGUCGGAGCUACCACACAAAAUUUGCACCUCCCAAAGUCCCUGGUGUUGAUGAUAAUCUUAUCAUCUUACAAUUUGCAAAUUAUAUGCAAUGGGCAUACAAGAAGGAGAAACUAUAUGAAGGUAACAAUACCAUGAGUACCAUUUCCUAGCCUUGACCAUACGGUAAUUUUCAAGGACUUCUUGAGUCCAUCUAGAUUCUACAUUGGUUGAUGUAUUCCAUGAUUAUGUAAUUGGACGCAAACUUAUUGUCAUAUAUAUUCAUAACUAUUCAGUUGACAGUUGAAUACAGAUAACUUAAUGUAUCCUCAACCUGUCCAUGUCCUACUUUUUACACAAAUAAUGAAUCCGUGUGUGCAUGUCGUUGUGUAUCUGUGCUUCUCAGAGAGUUUACGCAAUAUCUGCAUAUUAUUGUUAGCUAGAAUAAGUUACACACUGGUUAGGUAUGGAAUGGGUGACUACUUAAUAUAAUGUUGGGAUCUCUCCACCUUAUUGCUUGAGCUUUUGAAUCGGAUACAAAGUUUCUAUAUAGUAUCAGAGCGAAGCUCAUUGCAUCUCACAUUUUAAAAGUAAACCAUCAAGACAGACAGACCCAACAAAAAGGUUGCAUGAUGAUAGACUAAAAAAGAGACUAUAUUUAACAGACAUCAAAAGCGGUUGCACGUGAGGGGGAGUAUUACAUAAAUUAAGUCCCACAAUUGUUGGAAAUGGAAUGAGUGAUCACUUAAUAUAAUGUUUUGACCUCUCCACCUAAUAGUUUAAGUGUUUGGGUUGGAUUCAAUGUUUCUACAAUUAUAUGCAUUCAAGAAAGUGUUUUAGCAGAAAAUUGUAGG